UUGGUGACCACCAGGAGGCGGUGUAACUCCUCUCAGGGAAGCCUCUCAGUGCAGGCUGCUCUGUGGGGAAACUGCUGCUAAUUCAUUCGGAUCUGAAUCUUUCCUAAGUGCUGUUCAGGUCUUCCGAUGAGUGGAAGCUCUCAGUAUGAAGACGGCCGUGGAUCUCCACCGUGCUGUCUCGGUGUUAGCUUGCUGCAUUCUGAUCCUCAUGGCCGGCGCCUUCGCUCAAGGAAUUGAAUGCAAACGUGGCUGUCAUUCAGUAAAUGGAUUCUGUGAAACUACUGGUGAAUGCAGGUGUAAGUCUGGCUGGCAGGGAGAGCUAUGCGAUCAGUGCAUUCCUUUUCCUGGCUGUUUACAUGGAGACUGCACGAAACCUUGGGAAUGUGCAUGUGAGGAAGGCUGGACAGGCAGCCUCUGUGACACAGCCUCCAACAGCUGCUCACCUGUGCAGCCCUGUGCUAAUAAUUCUACAUGUAUAGAGAGCGAAGAUGGUGGCUUCAUAUGUAUCUGUGGACAGGAGUUUAUAGGAACCCAUUGUCAACUUCGGAAGGGGUCCUGCCACAACAAACGGCCACUUUGUCAGAAUGGAGGAAGCUGUUUUGAUGAUAACAAGGCUUAUUGCUUUUGUUUGCCUGGUUUUACUGGUGACUUCUGUGAAAUAAGCAUCGAUAACUGUCACCCAAACCCUUGUGCCAACAAUGGAACCUGCACAGAUCAGAUUUCUGGAUUCAGCUGUACUUGCCCUAAUGGAUUCACUGGCAAAUUCUGUGAUUAUUCAGUCACAUCUUGCCUUAGCCAUCCAUGUCAAAAUGGAGGCACUUGCCAUGACCAUCUUGGAGGAGGAUUUUAUUGUAAUUGCCUGCCUGAAUAUGAGGGAGAAACUUGCCAAACACAAACAUUUAAUCAUGACACAAAGCACAAUGUUUCUAAGCAUGCAGUAACACGUUGGAUUAGACAUGGCAAACCCCUCCAACGAUCAUUGCAUUUCUCUCAUAAAUCAAUGCAUCAACAAGGUAAUGGCAUGUUGACAAUCACAGUCAAAGAAACCAUUCACAAAUCCAACUCACUGCUGAGUAGUAGUCAGGUGAUCUGUUUUACUGUGCUUGGAUUAUUGACAUGUCUUGUGAUCCUAGGGACUACAGGGAUUAUUUUCUUCUACAAGUGUGAAAUAUGGCUGGCUAAUGUUAAGUAUCGUCAUCUCCUCUGGAAACAGAGGAAACGUCUCCAAGAUAAAGAUGAAGACCUUUCAGUCAAAAUUAUCUUUCCAAGUGUGAAUCGAUUGACAAACUAUGGAAAAAACUAUACAUCUAUCUGAAUGUUUGUUUGUAAAUCAAUUUGCCCAUAUUAUAUUGAAUUAUUUAACAAUAUAUUUAGAAUUAUUAGUGCAUAUUCCAGCAUUUUGUAAUAAUUAUUGUUUGAAUGUUUUUGAUAAUUGUUAUGUUUAGAAACAUAUACAUGAAUUUAUGUGAAUUGUAAAUUGACCAAGUGGAAACUUAUACAUUAUGAUGGUAUUUUUAAAUUACCACAACACUGUAACCUGCAGAAUGGGAUAGCAAUGAGUUAAAUGUUCUUUUAAUUGUGCACGAUCUGAUUGAACAAGGCAUAGAAAAAUCCUACUUUUGUCUGAAUUCAUGAUUUAUAUAUUCUGCUUCAAUAGAUUUAGCUACUGUGUCUAAAAGUUCAAUUUUGUAGGCCAUUCUCACGGAGUUAAUUUUCAUAUGGUUUAUGUUUGAGGGGUUGAUGCAUUUGCUUGAUUUGGACCCAAGUGAAAUGCAAAAAAAGGUUGUCAUAAUGGAUAAAGUAAAAAUCACCAACACUAAAGAAUUCUUGAUAACAAUCUAAUAUUUAUUGAUUUUAUAACGGGAUUUCUUAACAGCAUGCUAUACAUAAACUACCGAUAAGUAUUUAUAAUCACAUUUACAUUUGUCACUCACAAAUGUAGUCACAAAUAUGGUCAAUUUAAUCAUUUGAAAGAAUUAAAAACAACAAUUAAAAUAUGUUGUAGCAUUUUUUUACCAGUGCUCAUUUUCAAUAGAAUUUCACCUUUAUAAUAAAAUCAAAUCAUUAGCAA